AACCUGCCUGUAGAUAAACAUACAGGACAAGAUAUGCCACCGGGGUGUGUCAGGCACAUGUUUCAAGACAGCUGAAAAUAUUCUAGCCGCAGCACCCACGGGGGAGCUGAUUGGCUAAGAUACGCUGACACGCUGUCUACCUUUGUACAGCUGGAGAGAGUGAUUAAAGGCUUCCCCGGACCUGCUUGCAAUCGGACACUCCAGCUGUGUGCGGUUGCCUCAGGAAGGAGAAGACACGCUGCCCAGCUCUGCUCAGGAAAGACAAAGGUUACAUUUUGGAAAUGGCCAUCAGUUCAAAGUACUUCACCUAUGCCUUUCUGGUAGCUGUGGUUGUAUUCUCCUCCAUUGCCCUCAUUCUCAGCUUGGUGAGAAUCAGCAAUGUUUUCUUGCCGCCCAAGAAUAAGUAUGGGAUGGUGUUUGAUGCGGGCUCCUCCCACACCUCUCUGUUCAUCUACCAGUGGGAGUCGGACAAAGAGAACAACACUGGAGUGGUGAGCCAGACAUUAUCCUGUGAUGUGGAGGGACCUGGUAUAUCAAGCUACGCCAACAAUCCUCCAAAAGCUGGUGAGUCCCUAAGGAAAUGUCUGGAUGAGGCCAUGAAGAUCAUUCCUGCUGAAAGACAGAGUGAGGCACCAGCUUACCUUGGAGCUACAGCAGGCAUGAGGCUACUGAGGCAAAAGAACAAAUUAGCUGCAGAUCAAGUUUUGAAUGAAGUUGCUAAGACCAUGCAACAGUACCCUGUGAAUUUCCGAGGGGCUCGAAUCAUUACAGGAGAAGAAGAGGGAGCCUAUGGCUGGAUCACUGUCAACUACCUGCUGGACUCCUUCAUCAAGUACUCACCCAAACAACGUGACUGGAUCCACCCACACUCAGCCAAGAUCCUGGGUGCUCUGGACCUUGGAGGAGCAUCAACCCAAAUCAGUUUUAUCCCCAGUGGCUCAAUUACUGAUGCAACAAAAGCCUCCAAGUUCAGCCUCUACGGGUUUGGCUACACCAUCUACACACACAGCUACCUCUGCUAUGGGCAGAACGAGGCUCUGAAGCAGGUGGUGCAGAAACUAAUCAAGGAUACAAGUACCAAGAAUGCCAGCCACCCCUGCUACCCGAAAGGCUAUGAGACAACCAUUUCAACAGCUUCCUUCCAUGUCAGUCCUUGUACAGCUGCCCAUGAGUCAUUUCCACCCAAAGUCCCAUGGAACGUGACACUGUUUGGCACAGGCAGUGCCACAGAGUGCCACCAGCUUGUCAAGGAGAUCUUCAACUUCUCUGCAUGUGGCCAGGGUCAAACCUGCAGCUUCAAUGGUGUCUACCAGCCUCCAGUCAAUGGGCAGUUCUUUGCAUUCUCUGCCUUUUACUACACCUUCAGCUUCCUCAACCUGACCAGCGGGCAGUCCCUGGCCACUGUCAACAAUACCAUCCAGGAGUUCUGUGCAAGAAACUGGACAUAUCUGUUAUCGAGUUACCCCAAAGAGAAAGAAAACUGGCUGCGGGAUUACUGUGGUAAUGCCAACUACAUCCUUGUGCUCUUGCUGGAUGCCUAUAAAUUUAAUGAAAGCAACUGGAAAAAUAUUAUGUUCCAGAUGAAGGCUGCGAACACAGGCAUCGGCUGGACCCUAGGCUACAUGCUGAACCUCACCAACAUGAUCCCUGCAGAGACCAUGGAACAGGUGAAAGGACACAGUCAGAACACCUGGAUUGCUGCCAUCUUCUUCAUCAUCCUAACUCUGGCAAUUUGCAUCGUUGCCCUGGCCAUUUCCUUCUGUUCAUAGGAGCCAUUUAGCAGGAAAGUACAGCGAAAACUCCAGCACCUCAGACUGUGUCAGUUAAUCAGAGACCUGAAUCAAUUAAUAGGAAGUUUGAGGACCACUGAUCACUAACCAAUAUGACCCUCAAGCACGGACAACUUGCAGGUUUCAACACUAAAGUGAAUGAGCCUCACCUCAGCCAACAGCACGCGAAGUGUGAGCCUCCACCUUGAGCCAACAAACUAUGGACACGUGUCUUAAAGGUGUUUAGGCACCGUACACAUGGGGAGAUCUUUCAGAAGCAUUGAUGUUCUUAAUUCUCGGCAAUUGCACCAGGGCUGAAUUGUCUGAGUGCUUCUGAAAGUCCAGUUAGAAGUCUGCCUGCACCCUGAGGCACCAAAAUAACUUUCGGUUCUGCAACCAAUAGCUGACUCCCAAGUGUCCUGUGUCAGAUAACCACUAAGGGGAGCCAAAGCCUCAACACUCUCCUACAGUCAGUUAUAUUCCAGUACUGUCCUUGAAGAGGGCCUCUGGCUGUAGAUCAAUGGUUCUCAACCUUUUUAGAGUCAAGGCACCCUCCAUAACUUUUGCAAAUUUGGUAGCACCCCAACUGAGAAACACCAUUGUGUUACCUCAGUUUAUCUCUGUGGUUCUCAACUGGGGUGCUGCUGCCACCACUGCCAGGUGGAUGUGCCACGUGCCUUGUGCACCACCAGAUCGAGAAGGACUGCAGCAAGACCUGCCUGCUUUAGGUUUAUCAGACAAUCCUAAUGCAGAUGGGAGUACCAGCUCCCACCACAGUCCUUUCUAAUCUGGCUGUGCAGAAAGCAUGCAGGGCAGGUCCAUCUGGCUGCCACAACAGUGGGACCCAUGCUGUAGCACCCCUGAAGGUGUCCUAUGGCUCCCCAAUUGAGAACCAUUGCUCUACGUACUUAUUUGUACCCCUUUUACCCCACAAGGAAGGACUCUGGGCUGUCAGGAGGAGAGAUGACUUCAGGGGUGGAUCCAGGAAGGGUGCAGUGAUGCACCCUAAUCAUCUCCCUAAUCCCUGUUAAUCUGUCUCCAUUCCCAGGCAUUAACAACCCUCUCUCCAUUUUAAUGGUCUUGAUGUU